AUGUUCUACUACACCUUUGUAUCUGGAUAUGCAGGCCAAAGCCUCUUUGAGGAUAUGGUCAGAGCAUCCUACAACUUUGUGCUGGCAGCACCCAUCAUUACCACCGGCGUUUUCGAUCAGGAUGUGACGGAAGAGCAAGUCAUGGCUGAUCCUCGCUUGUAUGUGAGUGGGCGAGAAGGCUUGGAUCUCAACGCGUCGAAAUUGGUGGAGAUGUUGCUCUCUGCGGCGGUACAUUCCUGUGUCAUUGGCUUUGUGAUGCUGAUGGUGUUCUACGACAUGUCCAUCCUUCAAACAGGGGAUUUUUACACCUUUGGCACUACAGUCUUUACUGUGCUGGUGAUUUCCAUGAACUACCGGGCAGCCUUCGUCACCAGGACGUGGAACUGGGUCACACUCGCUGGACAAGCAUGUUCCUUUCUCAUUUACCUGAUUUUCCUCUUGGUAUAUUGCAAUAUUGAGUGGAUGACAGAGCACUUCCAGUUGGACACUGAGUGCCAGGCCGCAUGGUGCGCAGCCCUCACCUGUGGAUUUGUGCGAUCACACUGCCAGCCUUGGCGAUGGUGA